AUGUCACCCCUCUCCAUAUUCAUUGUCACCAUCGCGCUAGCUGUGGGUCUCGUGGUUUCGGUUGAUCCGGCGCAACAACUCAAUUGUUCUUUCUCGUCUGCCUCCUACAGUGGCCCACGAGAGAAAUAUAUUGUAUUCCUUGAUCCCACAUCUGCCAAAAGUACCACCAAUCAUCUGAUGUGGUUGAACAGCUGUCUAAGUAAACCAACGCAAAAGCUUUCCACCACCGAUUUUUCCGCAACAACGAUUGAUAAGAAUAAGGUUAUAGAUUUUUCCGUGGACGGAAAAGUACAUGGAUACACUGCCUGGUUUGAUGCCAAAUUUGUGACUGAACAAUUAUCGAAGCGUAAAGAAACCCUUCUUGUCGAGAAGGAUGCACCUGUGAAGAUCAGCGCGGCCAUACCGCCAUCCAAUGAUACUACUCAAAAAAACCCAAAUCCGAAUUUGGAUCGUAUAGAUCAAGCCAAAUUCCCUUUGGAUGAAAAAUACACUUUUCCCACGUCGGCUGGAUCCGGUACCACUGUAUACGUGGUAGACACUGGAGUUUUGGUCAGUCAUAAGGAAUUUGAAGGACGCGCCACAUUUGGAGGUGCCUUCUGCGCUGGUUGCCCCCAAACCGAUGACAAUGGACACGGUUCUCACGUAUCCGGAAUUGUCGCCGGUAAAACAUUUGGGGUUGCAAAAAAGGCCAAUAUUAUUGGGGUUAAAGUUUUGGCGGCUGAUGGUAGUGGAACAAGUGCGGAUGUAAUUAGUGGUCUGAUGUUUGUUCUCACCGAUCACAAAAAGCGUAAAAAUAGCAUAGUCAACAUGUCACUCGGAGGUCCUCUCUCCGCAGCCAUGAACAAAGCAGUGAAAUCUCUUACCGAUGACGGCGUUCACGUUGUUGUGGCAGCCGGUAACGAUGCUGCCGAUGCUUGCGGGUCAUCACCCGCCUCCGAGCCGUCAGCCAUUACCGUCGGGGCGACCGAAGAUACAUCCGACGACAUCACAGAUUUCUCGGACGUAUCGGCAGCAAUACCGACGUCGCAGUAUUCUCGGGCACGAGCCAAGCCACACCUCAUGUUGUAG